AUCUACAAUAGCAUGCGCGCUUAAUUAAUUUUAAAUCUUUUUCAAUUUUCCUAGAUCAUUAUAUCCAUGGUGUUAUUCUUCAUAACGUAUCCAUUGAGCGCUUGCAAAUCGCUAUCCAGUGACAACACAACUACAACGGUCAGCACCAAUGCCGUAAAGAAACUUAAAGAGAUUAUCAAUCUGAAAGAGCGAGCUAACCUACUGAAAGAUUGCAAUACGACCAAGGGCAAAGUUCUAGACGAGAUUAUCAAAAGAUACAAGAACAUUUUAAAAAACAUGUCGAAUAAUGGAGUAAAAAAACCUACCAGAUUGAGAAUCAAAGAUUUGGUUCGUGGGCGAAAUAUCGUCGACAGUUUUACGAAGCCGUUUACAAACCAACGCAAGCAAAAACUUUCGUUCAAAAAUGGUCAGUUUUUAAGCUUGGAUAGCAGUGGGAGAGUUAAUGGUACCUUUGUGACAGAUGGAAACCAAAACAGUGAGUAUUUACUGUAAAUUUUUCAUUGAUUGAUUCUAAAAUUAGCCCUAAGGGAGGUGUUCAUGUUAAAGAGGUGUAUGUAUUAGAGAGGUGCCUGUAUUAGCUAGGUGUCCAUAUAAGAGAGGUGUCCAUAUUAGAAAGAUUAUCAUAUUAGAGAGGUCUUCAUAUUAGAGAGAUGUUCAUAUUAGAGAGAUGUUCAUAUUAGAGAGAUGUUCAUAUUAGAGAGAUGUUCAUAUUAGAGAGAUGUUCAUAUUAGAGAGAUGUUCAUAUUAGAGAGAUGUUCAUAUUAGAGAGAUGUUCAUAUUAGAGAGGUGUCCAUAUUAGAGAUGUUCAUAUUAGAGAGAUGUUCAUAUUAGAGAGAUGUUCAUAUUAGAGAGAUGUUCAUAUUAGAGAGAUGUUCAUAUUAGAGAGAUGUUCAUAUUAGAGAAAUGUUCAUAUUAGAGAGAUGUUCAUAUUAGAGAGAUGUUCAUAUUAGAGAGAUGUUCAUAUUAGAGAGAUGUUCAUAUUAGAGAGAUGUUCAUAUUAGAGAGAUGUUCAUAUUUAGAAGAUGUUCAUAUUUAGAGAGGUCUUCAUAUUAGAGAGGUGUUCAUAUUAGAGAGGUGUUCAUAUUAGAGAGCUGUUCAUAUUAGAGAGGUGUUCAUAUUAGAGAGGUGUUCAUAUUAGAGAGGUGUUCAUAUUAGAGAGGUCUUCAUAUUAGAGAGAUGUUCAUAUUAGAGAGGUGUCCAUAUUAGAAAGGUGUUCAUAUUAGAGAGAUGUUCAUAUUAGAGAGAUGUUCAUAUUAGAGAGAUGUUCAUAUUAGAGAGAUGUUCAUAUUAGAGAGGUGUUCAUAUUAGAGAGGUGUUCAUAUUAGAGAGGUGUUCAUAUUAGAGAGAUGUUCAUAUUAGAGAGAUGUUCAUAUUAGAGAGGUGUUCAUAUUAGAGAGGUGUUCAUAUUAGAGAGGUCUUCAUAUUAGAGAGGUGUUCAUAUUAGAGAGAUGUUCAUAUUUAGAGAGAUGUUCAUAUUUAGAGAGAUGUUCAUAUUUAGAGAGAUGUUCAUAUUAGAGAGAUGUUCAUAUUAGAGAGGUCUUCAUAUUAGAGAGGUCUUCAUAUUAGAGAGGUCUUCAUAUUAGAAAGGUCUUCAUAUUAGAGAGGUCUUCAUAUUAGAGAGGUCUUCAUAUUAGAGAGGUCUUCAUAUUAGAGAGGUCUUCAUAUUAGAGAGGUCUUCAUAUUAGAGAGAUCUUCAUAUUAGAGAGGUCUUCAUAUUAGAGAGAUGUCCAUAUUAGAGAGAUGUCCAUAUUAGAGAGAUGUCCAUAUUAGAGAGGUGUUCAUAUUAGAGAGAUGUUCAUAUUAGAGAGAUGUCCAUAUUAGAGAGAUGUCCAUAUUAGAGACAUGUUCAUAUUAGAGACAUGUUCAUAUUAGACUAAUGACUUCCACACAAAAGAAAAUGCUACGCUACGACUACGUUACAAUUGAAGUGGAACAGCCUUAAGAGUGAUAGCUUCAGCAGUCAGCACAGGAACUUCUCGUUCCCUGCCGACGAAGAGCCUUCGUUGUCGCUCAAAACAUUAAAAUAUAUAAACGUAUUUUUAUCGUUUAGCAAUUUUCUACAUGAAAACAAAAGCACCCCAGGUAAUAAUGAUUCAAUCACUUCAAACAAAGAAAUUCGUUGCGAUGGACAAACAUGGACAUAUUUUGGCCAAAGUAAGUGGAAGAUUGUCGUUUAAUAGAGAGCUGUCUGUAUUAAAGAGGUGUCCGUAUUAGAGAGGUGUUUGUAUUAGAGAGGUGUCUGUCAUAGAGAGGUGUUUUUAUUAGAGAGAUGUUUGUAUUAGAGAGGUGUUUGUAUUAGAGGUGUCCAAUUUUGGGGAGGUGUCAGUAUUCGAGAGAUGUCCCUAUUAGAGAGGUGUCAAUAUAAGACAUGUGUCCACAUUAGAAAGGUGUCUGCAUUAGAGAGGUGUAGGCAUUAGAGAGGUGUCCACAUCGGAGAGGUUUCUAUAUUAGAGAAGUGUUCGCACUUGAGAGGUGUCUGCAUUAGAGAGGUGUCCACAUUAGAAAGGUGUCUGCAUUAGGGAGGUGUUCAUAUUGGAGAAAUGUCUGUGUUAGAGAGGUGUCGGGCAUCAGAGAGGUGUCGGCAUUAGAGAAAUGUCCAUAUUAGAGAGGUGUCUGUAUUAGAAAGGUGUCUAUAUUAUAGAAGUGUUCGCAUUUGAGAAGUGUCUGCAUGAAAGAGGUGUCCACAUUAGAGAGGUGUCUGCAUCAGAGAGGUGUCCACAUUAGAAAGGUAUCAGCAUUAGAGAGGUGUCCAUAUUAGAGAGGUAUCUGCAAUAGAAAGGUGUCUGUAUUAGAGAGUUGUUCGCAUUUUAGAGGUGUCUGCAUUAGAGAGGUGUGAACGAGGUUGGUGUCCAUAUUGGAGAGGUGUCUGUAUGAGAGAGGUGUCCAUAUUGGAGAGGUAUCUGUAUUAGAGAAAUGUCCAUAUUGGAUAGGUAUCUGUAUUACAGAGAUGCCCACAUAGCGAGGUGUCUGCAUUAGAGGUGUCUGUAUUAGAGAAGUCGGCAUUAGAGAGGUGUCAGCAUUAG